AUGGAGCGGACGAAGAUCGCCGAGAAAGUUUUACCUGCUUAUGAUUAUGUGAUAGUGGGUGGCGGGACAGCUGGUUGUGUAUUGGCUAACCGACUUUCCGAGGACCAGUCAGUAACCGUUCUGCUUCUGGAGGCCGGAUAUGACGACACCGAAUUCCCAGAAAUCCACAUCCCGGCGAAAUGCAGCACCUUACAAAAGACAGUAUACGAUUGGAAUUAUAAAACUGUUCCUCAAAAACACGCCUGUAAGGGUUUGAAAAACCAGCAAAUGCCCACUGCCCGCGGUAAGGUGUUGGGCGGAAGCGGAAGUCUGAACUACAUGGUUCAUAACCGCGGCACGCCGUUCGACUACCAACGUUGGGAAGAGCUAGGAUGUGAGGGUUGGGGAUACGAGCAGAUUUUGCCUUACUUUUUGAAGUCGGAGAACUGUCUUAUCCCCGAGCUGAUCAAGAAAGAUGGUGUACGAGCAGUGGGCGGACCGUUGUCUGUUGCUGAGUCCAAGUUUUCCGUCCUGGCGGAUAUGUUCCUGAAAGCAGGAGAGGAGCUGGGAUACAAAAGAACGGAUAACAGUGGACGAGAGCCUAUAGGGUUUAUGGUGCUUCAAAUGAAUGUGUGCAACGGCAGACGAGGUCACACUGCACAGGCGUUCUUACGUCCCGCCAUGAACAGAAGUAAUUUGGAUAUAGUCACGCACUGUCAUGUGACGAAGGUUAUCAUUGAAAACAAGGUCGCUACUGGCGUUGAAUUUGUCCGCAGUGACGUCCAUCACACAGUACAAGCCAAUCAAGAGGUUGUUCUCAGCGCUGGAACUAUAGGCUCCGCCCAGCUUCUUAUGUUGUCAGGGAUUGGCCCAGAGAAGCACCUGGAAUCGUUGGGGAUCCCUGUGGUGGCUUCUUUGCCUGUAGGAGAUGGACUUCAGGAUCACGUCAUGGUUUUCGGGAUAGAGUUUGAGACGGACGGUCCGUACAUUCCUGGUGACGAGGUAUUCUCCAAGGAGAACCAGCAGCUCUACAACUCAAGCCUCAAAGGUCCUAUCGCCACAUGUGUAUGUGAGGGAGCCGCAUACGUCCGGACACAGCGUCAACACCCGGACAACCCUAAUCCAGAUAUCCAGAUUCACCAGCUGUCCGGGCUACUGUCCCCCGCCUGGAAGAAGAAUUCCGGUAUGCUGGAUCAGUACUGGCAAGCACUAUUCGGAAACCGAGAAGGAAAACAUGGGUUUUGCUUCAUGCCAAGGUUGAGCCACCCCAAGAGUCGAGGUUCAGUGCGCCUGCGCAGUGCCAAUCCUCACGACUAUCCGUUAAUAGACCCAAAUUAUCUGAGUCACCCGGAUGAUGUCAAGACCCUGGUUGAAGGAAUAAAAGUCUGCAUGCAGCUGGGAAAGACCAAGGCCUAUUCCUCUCUAGGGCCAACAUUCCACAAUCGGAUCUUACCUGGCUACAGAGGAACGCCGUACACGGAUGAGUAUUGGGAAGAAUACGUGAGAUCUCUGACGCAGACGGUAUAUCACGUGGUAGGCACGUGUAGGAUGGGGAGAGCAGACGACCCGAGAACGGUCACGGACCCACAAUUAAGGGUGAAAGGGAUAGAUCGUCUUCGUGUGGUGGACGCCUCAGUGAUGCCAGAAAUUACGUCAGGAAACACCAACGCUCCUACAGUCAUGAUAGCAGAGAAAGGGGCCGACAUGAUCAAACAAGCCAUGUCUUUCAGGUGA